AUGGUACGUUCCCCAACAGCCCUCACCACGGACAUCAUCAUCACCGUCGUCCUGGAGGUGUUUGCGGCUGGGAGCGAGACAUCGGCCACGAUGCUGGAAUGGGCCAUGUCAGAGCUCGUGAAGGAGUCACGCCUCCUCCGCAAGGCGCAUGCCGAGGUCCGGGAGGCAUUCAAAGGCCAGCACGAGUUGACCGAGGGCGACAUGGGGAAGCUAGCUACGUCCAUCGGCCGGGUGAUCAAGGAGACGUUGCGGCUACACACGCCGGUGUCGUUCCUGCUGCCCCGGCAGUGCCGGGAGGCAUGCGAGGUGAUGGGCUACGACGUCCCCGAGGGGACCAGGGUGCUGGUGAACGCGUGGGCCAUGACCUGGGACGGCGCCUACUGGGAGGAUGCCGAGGCGUUCAGGCCGGAAAGGUUUGAGGAGGGGAGCGCCGUCGCUGACUUCAGGGGCGGCGACUUCGAGUUCAUCCCCUUUGGUGCCAGCAGGAGGAUGUGCCCCGGCAUAGCACUCGGCCAGGCCAACAUGGAGCUCGUGCUUGCGGGCCUCCUCUACCACUUCAACUGGGAGCUUCCCGAUGGCGGGAGGCCGGAGGAACUUGACAUGUCAGAGGCGUUCGGCCUGGCCAUACGGAGGAAUUCUAGGCUCGUGUUGCGCGCCAUGCAACAUAUUUCAGUCACAAAUUGA